CCCCGUUCUACCAACAUGGCCACGCUAAGCCGUACUUCGACAAAAUUAUUAAGAAAAAUACAGUUUUCGCCUGUUUUUACGCGUAAUUUUAGCAAUGUGAAAAGUGAUAACUCAUUGAAAAAGGUCUUGACGACCUGUGUGUGUGUCGUAGGCGGUGGCGUGGCGUUUUAUGCCGUAAAUAAAUAUGGGAGGAAGAACACCGUUUACGCUCUCAAGGCGAAGCCGGAUGAGCUUGCCAGAUCGGUGAAGCUGACCUCCCGAGAGAGGCGGUUCAUCAAGUUCGCGAGCGUGGAGUACGGCGGCCAGCUGUACAUGACUCCUCAGGACUUCCUCGAGUCCGUGGUCGAGCAGGAGCCUAGGCCUCGUCUAAAACGUCGUGUGCUGACUACCAAAGAGAUUGAGUACCUUCGGGACCACACGCCGGCGCUCAAGAAGGGAUCCUCCCAGAUGUUCCGCAAUAUGAGGGACAAAGGGAUCAUCUCUUACACAGAGUACCUGUUCCUGCUCUCAAUUUUAACAAAGCCGGCUUCAGGUUUCCGCAUCGCGUUCAACAUGUUUGAUACGGACGGCAACCAGCGCGUUGAUAAGAACGAGUUCCUAGUCAUUCAGCGACUGCUCGGUGGUACGUUUAAGGAGCGUAGGAAUUUGGACGCCAAAAGUCAGGAAGCAAUGGAGAAAAUCUUCAGCUUUGCGUGGCGUGGCAAGCGGGGGAUGACGGAGGAUGAGAACAAGGAUGACGGUAAGGGGGAUGUGAAUGCAGACGGGAAGGCACAUGAGAACUACGUCAAUGAUGACCAGGGGUUACAGAGGAGGCACAAUGUUGAUACUUUCUUGCAGGUGCACUUCUUCGGCAAGAAGGGUACGAACGACUUGAAGUUCGAAGGCUUCCGGCAGUUCAUGGAGAACUUGCAGACCGAAGUGCUGGAGCUGGAAUUCCACGAGUUUGCUAAAGGUCACGAAACAAUCUCCGAGGUGGACUUCGCGAAGAUCCUACUCCGUUACACAUACCUCGACACGGACGAGUAUGAUAUGUACUUGGAUCGGCUGCUGGACCGCGUCAAGUACGAACACGGCAUCACGUUCGAGGAGUUCAAGACUUUCUGCCAGUUCUUAAAUAAUCUGGAGGACUUUACUAUCGCUAUGAGGAUGUAUACGCUUGCUGAUCAUCCGAUUUCGAAAGACGAGUUCCACCGUGCAGUAAAGAUUUGUACGGGCAUAUCUCAGUCAGAGCACCUCGUGUCUACCGUGUUCGCGAUAUUCGACGCAGAUGGCGACGGCUUGCUCAGCUACAAGGAGUUUAUAGCCAUCAUGAAGGAUCGCCUGCAUAGAGGAUUCAAGUCCUACGCGAAGAACGAAGGUUGGGAGGCGUUCAAAUCAUGCGUGAAGCAAGAAAUGAAGAGCGCUGUUUAAUAUCAAUAACAUUAGUAGGUACAAUCGUGGAAAUUAAUAGUUGUUCCACUUGCACUGUGGCCAAAAAACAUCAGCGUUAAAAAUAAUGAAUAAAAUAAACGGAUUAAACUUUGACAUCUGGAUAGGACAUUAUGUGGAUAGCAAGCUACCGCUGGAUUCGUAACAGUUUGCGUUUUGUUCGAAAGUAAGAAAGUGGCACAACUAUUAGAUAAUAUCCGCGUCUGUACAACGAUACGAUGCAUUUGCCAUAAAUCACGAAUAUUUCAGAUCUCACGGUCAUUAUUUUAUUCUACCUAUUUUACAUUUUGCUUAUACUAAGUAUACUAGAAAAUUUAUAAAUAAUUUAUAAUAUUAUCUCCAAAGUACAAUUUUCUUUGUUCAUAUCAACUUUCGGUUGCAGAUUGAAUUUGUUUUUUGUUCCAUUACUUGCCAUACUUUAUACCUAAGGGUUGGUGUGAACGAGAAAAUUGUUAUAAGUACUUAUAACAAAAAUUAUAUUCAAAAACAAAAAGUGAGAGAUUAAUAUAUCUAUCGUAUUUAUUUAUAAAUAAGAUGCCAGUGGCCUAAUAUUGGAAAUCUUGCCUUAUAUUUUGGCUUAUCAUGUAUGUAUGAAAUUAUUUAUUAUGGUUACUGAUAGGUAAGAUUAUUUUGUAAUUAACUAUCGGGUGUACUCCAAAGUUUUUUAACGGGUAGUUUGAGAUUUCAAUACUAAUAUUACACAUAACUAACUUAAUUAAAAUAUUUCACUGCAUUUAAAAUCUAUACUAAUAUUAUAAAGCUGAAGAGUUUGUUUGUUUGAACGUGCUAUAAUCUCAGGAACUACUGGUCCGAUUUGAAAAUUUCUUUCAGUGUUAGAUAGCCCAUUUAUCGAGGAAGGCUAUAGGCUACUUUUUAUCCCGGUACGGGAAGUAGUUCCCACGGGAUGCGGGUGAAACCGCUGGCAGAAGCUAGUAAUUUAUAUAUAGAGUCACAGACUUAAUUUUCACAAUAAUUUUCUAUGGGUUUAAUUUUAAUAUCUAAAUUGGGCACAUCACGGUGCUUUAUUUUGCCGUAAAUAAUCACAAAAAUCUGCUUUAAUCAAUACUGUACAUAUUAUUUACUUAUUUAUUUACUAACUUAAUGUAAAGUAUUUUUGUGGUUUUCUACAGUGAGAUUAAUAUAAUUUAUAGAACCAGUGAAUUAUUUCAAUAAAUUAAUUAAGAGUAAAAAAAAAAUCUUUUUAUGAAUUGUAAAGAUACUCAUUUUUUUGGGUUUUUAUUAUUUAUAACGAAUUCAUCUGUGGGUAGGCCUAGCUACUGGUAUUAUAAGUUAAACACACAACAAAUUAUAAACCUGACUGUACUUUUUUCACUAAACGAAUUUGUAGCACCUAUAAUAAAAGUUGUUAGGCCAACCCCACUGGAAUUUUGGAUCUUUUUUAUAUUAAAACUUGCAGGGAUAAGUUUAUAGAAAUAACAAUAUUAUUUUUCGGUUAGUGAGAGCUUAAAAGUUCAAAGUGUAACAAUCAGUAUAAAAGUUACUUAAUAAUUGUAAACUGCUAGUCAAGGGAGUCGUACAAACUUAGUUUGAUACAACUUGAAGUUACCAGUAAUUCAUUACAUUUAUAAUGUAUUUAUUUAACUAAUAAUAUUCACGUGUUAUAAUCAUUAGCUUGUAUUCGGCCUUUUGAUCUGAUUAAACAAUGUUUGAAACAUUAAA